AUGCAUCGCUCGGGCACGUUCCCCGUCGCCACGCUCGACGGCGACGGCGACGUGAGCCCCUCCCGCGACUUUCCGCGCAACUUCCCCCGCAGCCACAGCAGCGCCGUCCCCGCCGCCCUCCGCGCGGCGUACGACUCGCUCGACUCCGACGACCUCCUCCGCCACGCCGCCACCCCGCCCGCGUCGCUGCCGCGCCACCGCCACCACUCCCCGCGCCACGCGCAUCCCCACCAGCAGCAGCAGCACGGCGCGAGCGCCCCCCGCCACGUGUCGUACCAGGCGGGGCCCACCUCGUCGCUCCGCCCGCACAGCCACGGCCUGCGCGACGACGGGGGAGGGGGAGCGGCGCGCUUCGCGCAGGACGCGCAGCACCAGCGCGCCGUCGCCGCGGGGCUGAGCCUUUCGCCGCACAGCCUCUCCCCGCACGACCUCUCCCCGCACGACAGCGGGCUUGGCGGAGGCCCUCUGGGGGACUUUUUCGACGAGGGCGCGGAGGACGCGCGGGGCGGCUUACGGGGGCACGCGCAGCUGGUGGGGCGCGAUGUGGGGCAUCUGCACGCGCUGGACGCGGAGAGGGGGGGAUCCGGGGCGCUGGGGGAAGGCGGAAGGCGGCAUGAGGGCAGGGGCAGGUUGGGGGGGGGCUUGGCCAUGGGGGGCUCGUUCGAAGGGGGGGCGCGCGGGGUGCAGGGGAGCGUGAGCGGAGGGGUGGGAGGGCACGGCGGCAUGGGCGCGGGCGCGAGCAGGAGUGGCGUUGGGGGCGGCGGCAGGGUGUGGGCGCGCACGCUGAGCCACCAGGCGGCGGACCUGAGCAGCAGCAGCAGCAGCAGCGGGGCGGGCGGCGGGCGGCACCUGCUGGGCGCGCAGUGGCUCGGGUUGGACCGCACUGUGGGUGGCUGUGACGUGAUUGUAGCGAAGCGAGGGGUCUGUGAGUGUGGCAGUGACGAGCCACCGUGUCUGCGUCUGCCCCUCACCCUGCCUCCUCUCUACCCUCUGCUCUCCCAACCUUCCCCUCUCUCCCUCGAACCUCGCCCCCUGCAGUCAUCAGGCUUCGAUGAUGCCGACAUGCUCACCACCAAUGCCAUGCUGCCACGUGUCAACAGCUUGGCAGUGAACGGCAGUCGCCUGUUUGACACGGACGACCUACUGGACCUGCGGCACGGGGCCACGCGGCUGGGGGGGGGCGCCAUGGGGCUGGGACGGGAUGGCACAGGGCUGGCGGGGGCGCGGGAGAAUGGGGGCGGGGGCGGGGGGGGUGGCGAGGGCAUCAACUUGAAGCGCGUGCUGCGGCUGGGGGAGGCGGCGCGCAGCAACGAUGCGGACCUGGUGCACGCCAUCCUGCAGGACGCCCCCUCCCGCACCCCCCUGCUCUCCGCGCUGCACCCCGGCACGGGGCGCACGGUGCUGCACGAGGCGGUGGUGGCGGGCAGUGUGGACGCGGCAGCAGUGCUGCUCGAGUGGGGGGCCGACCCCGAUGGGGGCACCGCCGCUCAGCAGGAGGGUUUCUCACCGCCGCUGCUGUGGGCGGUGCAGGCGGGCAGUGAGGAGCUGGUGCGGCUGCUGCUCACCAACGGGGCGGACAUCAACGCCACCGACGCCACUCGCUGCUCCGCACUGCACUACGCCUGCAGCACCGGCCACAGGGGGAUAAUAAAGCUGCUGCUGGUGGCGGGCGCCAACAUGUAUGCGCGCAACAGCGAUGGGCUCGUGGCGCAGCAGCUCACCGCCUCCGAGCGCAUCCGGGCGCUCUUCCGCAAGCUGCACGAGUACCACCUGCGCUCCACUGGGGGGGGCGCUGACAUGGACCACACGGGCAGCAACAGCGGCGGCAGUGGCGGGGUGGGGGAGGGGGGCGGGCAGCACUGGGAGGCCGGCCUGGACGACACCGCCGCCUCUGCCCAUGCCCACCUGCCGGGGGCGGGGCUGGGCCACGGGGAGGGCGGGCGGGCGAGGCGGGAGGGGCAGGGAGGUGCAUCAGGUGCGCGCGGGGCGGACGCCUUUCCGCUCUUGGCGUCGGUGGCAGCGGCGCCAUCACGCGCGGACUGGCUGCUGGCCAAGAAUCGCACCAUGAGCUUCCAGAGCCCCUCCCGCGACCCACGCCCCUCGCACCCCUCCCCUUCCGCGUCCAUCUCGCCCCUCGCCGCGCACCCCACCUCCCUGCCCGCCCGCUCCAUGUCCUUCCGCAGCCCUUCGCGCGACCGCCUGCGCCCCGCCGCCCACCACCACGCUGCGCCGCCCUCCUCCUUCUCGUCCGCUGCCGCCCAGCCCACGGGGCUGCCCGCGCGCACCAUGAGCUUCCGCAGCCCCACUCGCAGCCACGGCCUGCCUGGGCAGCGUGCGCGCAGCCCCACCCCCUUGGAGGGCCACGAGCAGCUGUUGUCGGCGGCGUGGGAGAGCGCCCGCCGCGUGGGCGGCACUGACAGCCCCGCCGCGUCCCCCGCCCUCUCGCCCUCGCCGCUGCCCUCCUCGCGCUCCGCUGCCUCCCCCACCCGCCACGCUGCAGAGGCGGACGGCGCCGCCGCCAGGGUGGUGGGUGCAGGCGGCGUUGGGGGCGCGGGAGGGCUCAGAGGCGCGGGUGGAGGGGGAGGGAUGGGCGCAGCAGGGAGGAGGGUUGGGGGCAGCCUGGCGGGGCGCGCACUGGAUGGCGCUGCUGACAGGGCCGUGGCAGCAGGGGCAGUGGCGGGCAGGCGCCAUGGGGGCAGUGGUGAGGGGGGCGAGGGCGGGGGGAGAGGGGGGGGAGGGAGGGCAGCGGGGAGAAGGGUAGGGGGAGUGGGAGGGGGGCUGGUGGCGGGGCAUGGCGAGGUGAUGUCAGAUGUGGAGGGUGGUGCAGUGCGGUUGCGGCGGGCGAGAGUACCGGGGAGCAGCAGUGUGGGUGGCAUGGUGAGCGAUGGCGGCGGUGCAGGCGAGUCACGCCUGGGGCGGGCCGCUGGCAGGGGCGCUGGUGGGACGGCCAGGGGGGGUGGGGGGGGGAGGGGUGGGGUGGAGGGGCGAGGGAGAGGGGCGGAGGGUGGGGGGCGGCGGGGAGGGAUGGUGCGCACACAGUCACUGAGUGCACAGGCUAUGAGUGCGGGCGAUGUGGUGGAGCGCGGUGGCAUGGGUGGCGAGGGAGCUGUGCGCGGUGACAGUGGCAUGAAAAGCCCCUCUGGCAGCGGCAGACAGGGCGUGCAGCAGAGAGGGGCGGUGAGUGGGGGAGAUGAGGAGAGGCAUGGGGGUGAGAAGUCCGGGAGUGAUGGGGGAGGAGAAAGGUGCAGCGAGGGAGGAGCACGCGCAGCACAGCCUGGGGGGUUGGAUACGAACAGAGGGAGGGCGAGAGAGGGCAGUGGGAAGGAGAGAGAGGGAAGUGGGAAGGAAAGAUUGGGAAGUGGGAAGGAGAGAGGGGGAAGUGGAAAGGAGAGAGGGGGAAGUGGGAAGGAGAGAGGGGGCAGCAGCGGGGAUAUGGUGAGUGGAGAGGGUGCAGAGGGGUGGAUGGCGGAGUCGUCUCAGUCGGAGAGUGACCGCGGUGAGCAUGGGGGCGAGCAUGGGGGCGCGGGGCGCAGGGACGCAGCGAGGGGGGCGGGCAGGCGGGUGGUGGGGAGGGGCACAUCGCAGGAGGAGAGGGCGGGGGGGAAACCAGCGCCUCCACCCACACGCCUGGGGGGCGCUGACCCACCGCCUGCUGCUGCUGCUAGUGCUGCCGGUGCUGCUGGUGGGGCUGGGACGGGUGGGAGGGGAGGGCAGGGAUCAGGGGGAGUGAGGCGGGUGGGCAGCAGUGACGCGGUGGGGGAGGCGGCACUGUUGGCCGGCCCGCGCUCCCCCCUGGCGGCGUCCUCCUCGCCGCUGACGUCCCCCUCUGCCACCUCGCCGCCCUCCUCCCUCCCCCACCUGCGCCGCCACGCACUGGAAGGCCGCGGCAGGCCGGGCAGUGGCAGUGGCAGCGGGGGGGAGGGCGGGCAGCAGCAGCACGGCAAGGCGGGGCAGGGCGAAGGGCGGCGGCGGCAGCAGCAGGGGGGGGAGGGGGGUGACUGGCCGUGCAGCGACACCGAGGUGUCUCUGCGCGCCCGCCAGCAGCGCCGCCCGGGCCUGCGCCCCUCCGCCCCCGGCGCCGCUGCAGCGUCCGCGUGCCCUCCGCCUGACAGCAUUGCAUCGCGCGGCAGCAGGGGAGGGGCGGGCGCAGCAGUGGCAGAGGAGGGUGCGGCAGGAGCGGCGGGGGGAGGGGGGGGGCAGCGCGUUGGCGGCGGCAGGGAGGUGGUGACGGACGAUGAGAGCAUGCACGCCGCCAGGGGCCCUCGCCCCACCCCCUCCUCCCUGCGCCGCCUCGCCUCCGCUGUGCCGGGUGGUGGCGGGGAGGCGUCAGGGCGAGCAGAGGGUGCGUCGGCAGCACCAGCUGUGGUGGGAGCAGCGACAGGGGCAGGUGCGAGGGGCAAAGGGGAGAGGCCUGGCAGCGCAGGGGGGAGGGCGGAGAGGCCUGGCAGUGGCGGAGGCAAGGGAGAGAGGGCUGGCAGCACACGUGGCGCUGCUGCUCGCACUGCUGCUCCCACUGCUGCACCCGCUGCUGCUGGGGCCACUGGUGCUGGCAGUAGUAGUGGUGGCGGUGGUGCUUCUGCUGCUGCUGCCUUGAGUGCUGGCGUUGAGGGCAGCGAGGGCAGCACAGCUGCUGUUGCUGCUGCUGCUGCUGCUGCUGUGGCAGGCGCGUCUCCAUCUCCCUCCCAAGCUGCUCACCCCACCUCCACCGCUCAACCCACGCGUGCACGCAAGUCCGUGAAGUUCUCGCUGCCCGCUCAUGGCGGCACCCCGCCCAGCGACACAGCACACGGGGAGAGUCCGGGUGCAGCGAAUGGGGUGGAGAGGAGUGGCAGUGGGGAGGAGGCAGGUGGGGGAGAGCAGGGAGGGAGGGAACCAUCAGCAGAGGGGAAGGUGGGGAGGGGCGGCGAAGGGGAGAAGAAGGGUGCUGUGCGGCCGCCGCUGUCUCCCAAACCCGUGGAGGCACGGGAGGGCGCGGAUGCCAAGGCAGGGCGUGUGGACGCGAGUGGAGACGAAGCAUCAAGUGCGGGCAACAGGGAAGGAGCUGCUGCAUCACCUGCUCCGGCCUCCCCUGCCCUUGAAUCCAAAACGACAGACCCCGCUGCCUCUCCCAAGGCCGCUGCUCCCACCUCCCCUCUCACCCCUCCCUCCUCCACCCCAUCCCCCUCCACCCCCACCGCUGCCUCUGCUCCGGGUGCUGUGGAGGCGGCAUGUGCAGCGGCGUCGUUCAAGUGGAAGAAGGGCGAGAUGCUGGGCGAAGGUGCAUACGGCAAGGUGAGUGCAUACGGCAAGGUGAGUGCAUACGGCAAGGUGUUUCUGGGGCUGAACGAGAUGACGGGCGAGCUGAUGGCGGUGAAGGAGAUCAAGAUGACGACGCAGGGCGACGAGAAGGCGAUGCUCAUCGCAGCACUGGAGCGGGAGAUCGUGCUGUACAAGAAGAUGCGGCACCGCCACAUAGUGGGGUACAUCGACAUGGAGAAGCACGAGGCUGAUGGCUCCAUCUACAUCUUCCUUGAAUUCGUCUCCGGCGGCUCCAUCCACAGCAUGUUGGAGAAGUUUGGGGCGUUCAGCGAGUCGCUGGUGCGGGUGUACACGCGGCAGCUGCUGCUGGGGCUGGAGUACCUGCACGCGUGCCGCAUCGUGCACCGCGACAUCAAGGGCGGCAACGUGCUCGUCGACCGCGACGGCGUCAUCAAGCUCGCCGACUUCGGCGCCUCCAAGAGUUUCCACGAGGGCACGGUGGGCGAGGGGUGCAAGAGCAUCCGCGGGUCCGUGUUCUGGAUGGCCCCCGAGGUCAUCAAGGGCGAGGGGUACGGCCGCCGCGCUGACAUCUGGAGCGUUGGCUGCACCGUCAUUGAGAUGCUGACGGGGCGGCACCCAUGGCCGGGGAUGGACAACACGUGGUCGGCCAUAUUCCACAUCGCCAAGACCACCACGGGCCCGCCCAUCCCCGAGGGCGUGUCUGCCGAGGCCAGCGACUUCCUCACCGCGUGCUUCCAGCUCGACCCCAACCAGCGCCCCUCCGCCUCCGAUGCAUGCCCCCCUGCUGCACCCCUGCCCCCCUGCUGCACCCCUGCCCCCAUGCUGCACGCAUGCCCCCAUGCUGCACGCAUGCCCCCCUGCUGCACCCCUGCCCCCCUGCUGCACCCCUGCCCCCAUGCUGCACGCAUGCCCCCAUGCUGCACGCAUGCCCCCAUGCUGCACCCCUGCCCCCAUGCUGCACGCAUGCCCCCAUGCUGCACGCAUGCCCCCCUGCUGCACGCAUGCCCCCAUGCUGCAACACCCUCUUGCCAGUCCAUGCCCCACAGCACGUCCCACUCACCUUCCGUCCUCCUCUCUCUCCUUGCAUAA